AUGGGCUGCCUACACUUUUUCUCUCCUCCACGUGCUUACAGCUACACUCCCUUGCCUGACAACAGGACGAUUAGGGUAUUGACGCUAUACGGCGGAAAUUCCAAGGACCCGCUUCGGGGUCAGCUCGAACCCGUUGCCGUUGACGCUGCGGGGGAUUAUGAGCCUCUAUCAUACGUCUGGGGCGAUGAUAGGCUCACGCACGAGAUAUUUCUACCCACCGCGCGGCUCAAACUUACAGCCAGCCUGUAUCAUGCCCUGAGACGACUCAGACCGCGCGUCGGGUUCCGUCGCGUAUGGGUCGACCAGGUUUGCAUUGAUCAACGCAAUGAAGAAGAAAGAUCGCAGCAGGUGCAGUUUAUGAACCUAAUCUACAGAAAUGGCACCCACGUACAGGUCUGGCUUGGUCUCGACGAGCAGGGCUCGGCGAAAGAAGCCUUUGCCUUUGUACGAAGGCUAGCUAGGAUCCUCGUUCGCGAUAAAAAGGAUAAUGCCUUGACUACUAUAAAUAGCUUGUCAGAACAGCCAGCUGAGUACUGGGUGCCUCUUAAACACAUAACAGCUCUCCCGUGGUUCCGACGUGGCUGGAUCGUUCAAGAAAUUGGCACCAGGAGUGCUGCAACCCUGCUUUGGGGGGAAGAAGAGAUUAUGUGGGAUAUACUGCACGACGUGUGUGAAGAGCUUGCAGAAUACCACCACAUGAGGACAAAGCUCAAGGUGGCAACGUCAGAAAUCAAGUACCUCUAUCGCCGCUUCGUCGAACCCGAGACGCCCAGUCGGCAUGACAAUCGGUUUAGCUUCAUAUAUGAACUCCAUAGAGCAGGGCACAUGAAUGUCACGGAUCCCCGAGAUCGGGUAUUUGCCAUGCUGGGCCACUACUCCAUCCGUAAGGGACAUAACGACAAGCUGAAAGAGUUGGAAGCCGACUAUAAGAAACCAGUUGAGGAAGUCUAUGUCGAUGUUGCCAAAAGGGCCCUAAUCGGAGACACUGAAUCUCUUAUUACUCUAGCUGCCGUUCAGCACAAUACACUUAGCUCCCCAGUCGAACCUUCACAGAAGCGACAGGCGAAGCUGCCAUCGUGGGUACCGGACUGGAGAGCCCGCCACGGGCAUAUUAUGUCAGAGCCCACUACUCCUCACUGCGCCAGCGGGUUGAAGAAACCAGAACUGCGCAUCAGCGCAUCUGCUCCGGAGGUGCUUAGCAUCAACGGCAUGAAAAUCGACUCGAUUGAGAACUGUUCUGAACCGCUGGAAAAGGGGGCGUUUCAUGAGAGGAAAAGUGAUGAAGAGAAGAACACACGGCCCGCGGUUGAGACUCUUUGGACGGAAAUCUGUGGAUACACAAAUGGCUUUCAUCUCGGUGACAAUUACGCUGGCGGAGAAGAAAGCAGCUUCUUUGCCUACGCCCAGACGAUGAGCAAUGGUUGCAUGGCUAUUUAUUGGCAGAACCACGCUACCGAGCGUUACAGUGCUGUGCCCAUUGAGACAUGGCUUGCACAUGCCGCUGCCUAUCUCGCAAGAACUGUGGAUAGCACAAUCAUCUCUCCUGAGCUCUGUGGCCUGGCUGAGAAGGGAGACGCGCAGAAGUGGAGUCGUGCGGCAACUGGUGCAUCAACACAUCGAAGGUUUGCCCGGACAAGUAGGGGAUACUAUGUGAUGGGACCGCAGGUCAUGGAGAAGGGCGACAUUAUCUGCGUGUUGUUUGGAGGGAAGAUGCCGUUUUGUCUCCGUCCCUGUCUGGGCUCUCAGUAUUAUCUGCUUGUUGGAGAAUGUUAUAUACAUGGGUUCAUGAAUGGGGAGAGCGUGGAUAUGCCGGAAGGAGGAGAGUUUUGCGAGUCUGUCUUUGAGGUUGUUUGA